CCGGGUUCCGCCCAACAGCCUCGCACCACGCUCAGGAAAGCUUUUCUUCUCGCGAGCAGCAUCCCCACUCGCCUGCUUGCCUGCGUACACCGGAUACUCCAGUCUAAAAAAAGAAAAAGAAGAGACCUUGCACUGUGACGGGCGAGAGAAGGACUCCUUGCUGCGUCGAGCUUCCGUCCCUAACCCGGCCUCUGGUUCGCUUUUGGUUCGUUUGGACAUUUUUUCCUCACUGGUCGCUUGACGUUUUUUGUCGCCGACAUGGUCGACUACCACGCCGCCAACAACCAAUACUCGUCCGGCGGGCCGCAGACCUAUAUGGAGCAGGAAAAUGAUUGGGACCGGGACUUGCUGCUGGACCCGGCAUGGGAGAAACAGCAGAGGAAGACGUUCACGGCGUGGUGCAACUCCCACCUGCGCAAGGCCGGUACACAAAUUGAAAAUAUCGAGGAGGACUUCAGGGAUGGACUCAAACUCAUGCUGCUUCUGGAGGUCAUCUCAGGUGAGCGAUUACCCAAGCCAGAGCGAGGCAAGAUGAGGGUUCACAAGAUCAACAACGUCAACAAAGCUCUGGACUUCAUUGCCAGCAAGGGAGUCAAACUGGUCUCCAUUGGCGCAGAGGAAAUCGUGGACGGAAACGCCAAGAUGACGCUGGGAAUGAUCUGGACCAUCAUCCUCCGCUUCGCCAUCCAGGACAUCUCUGUUGAAGAGACGUCGGCUAAGGAGGGUCUUCUGUUGUGGUGCCAGAGGAAGACCGCUCCCUACAAGAAUGUCAAUGUGCAGAACUUCCACAUUAGCUGGAAGGACGGCCUCGCCUUCAACGCUCUGAUCCACAGACACAGACCAGAGCUCAUUGACUACGACAAGCUCAGAAAGGAUGACCCAGUGACCAAUCUGAACAAUGCCUUUGAGGUGGCCGAGAAGUACUUGGACAUCCCCAAAAUGUUGGACGCAGAAGACAUUGUGAACACUGCUCGUCCAGAUGAGAAAGCCAUAAUGACUUAUGUGUCCAGUUUCUACCAUGCCUUCUCUGGAGCUCAGAAGGCUGAGACCGCUGCCAAUCGAAUCUGCAAAGUACUGGCGGUCAACCAGGAGAACGAGCACUUGAUGCAGGAGUACGAGAAACUGGCCAGUGAUCUUCUGGAGUGGAUCCGUCGCACCAUUCCCUGGCUGGAGAACAGAAAUCCGGAGAAGACCAUGUCUGAGAUGCAGCAGAAGCUGGAAGACUUCCGGGACUACCGCCGUGUCCACAAGCCACCAAAGGUCCAGGAGAAAUGUCAGUUGGAGAUCAACUUCAACACGCUACAGACCAAACUAAGACUGGGUGGCAGACCUGCCUUUAUGCCGUCAGAGGGACACAUGGUGGCUGAUAUCAAUAGGGCAUGGCACUGUCUGGAGGGUGCAGAGAAGGGUUACGAGGAGUGGCUCCUCAAUGAGAUCCGACGUCUGGAGAGAUUAGACCACCUGGCUGAAAAGUUCCGCCAGAAGGCCUCCAUCCACGAAUCCUGGACCAGCGGCAAGGAGGCCAUGCUGACUCAGAGAGACUAUGAGACGGCCUCACUGUCUGAGGUAAAGGCGCUGCUCCGCAAACACGAGGCCUUCGACAGUGACCUGGCUGCCCAUCAGGACCGAGUUGAGCAGAUCGCGGCCAUCGCUCAGGAACUCAAUGAGCUGGACUACUACGAUGCCCCCAAUGUCAACGCUCGCUGUGAGAAAAUCUGCAUGCAGUGGGACAGUCUUGGAGAACUCACCCAGAGGCGCAGGGACUCACUUCAGAAAACUGAGAAACUGCUGGAGUCCAUCGAUGAGCUUUACCUGGAGUACGCCAAACGGGCAGCACCCUUCAACAACUGGAUGGAGGGGGCCAUGGAGGACCUACAGGACAUGUUUAUUGUCCACAACAUUGAAGAGAUCCAGAGCCUGAUCCGUGCCCACGAGCAGUUCAAGUCCACCCUGCCUGAAGCCAACAAGGAGCGUGAGGCCAUCCAGGCCAUCCACAGUGAGGUCCAGAAGAUCGCCCAGCACAAUGGCAUCAAGCUGAGUGGAACCAACCCGUACACCACCAUCACGCCACAGAGCAUCGACAGCAAGUGGGAUCAGGCGGAGAAACUGGUACCUCAGCGUGACCGGGCCCUGCAGGAGGAGCUUCGCAAGCAGCAGUCCAACGAUGAACUGAGACGCAACUUUGCCGAGCAAGCCAACGUGGUCGGACCCUGGAUACAAACCAAGAUGGAGGAAAUUGGCACGAUAUCCAUCGAGAUGAUCGGCACUCUGGAGGACCAACUGACCAACCUGAAGGAAUACGAGCGCAGCAUCGUUGACUACAAGCCCAACAUCGAUCAGUUGGAGGGUGUCCACAAGCUCAUCCAGGAGGCCCUCAUCUUUGACAAUACAUACACACCCUACUCCAUGGAGCACAUUCGCGUGGGUUGGGAGCAGCUGCUCACCACCAUCGCCAGAACGAUCAACGAGAUUGAGAACCAGAUCCUGACGCGUGAUGCCAAGGGAAUCAGUCAGGAGGAGCUGUACGAGUACCGUGCCUCCUUCAACCACUUUGACAAGGACCACAGCGGGGCCCUAAUGGCCGAGGAGUUCAAGGCCUGUUUGAUCAGUUUGGGCUAUGACGUGGAGAACAACAAGCAGAAGCGAUCAGGACAGAUGGUGGCAGAGGAUUACCGGGCUCUGCUCAUUUCUACGGGAAACAGCCUGGGCGACGCGGAGUUUGCCCGCAUCAUGGGCAUCGUGGACCCAAACAACACAGGCGCCGUCACCUUCCAGGCCUUCAUUGAUUUCAUGUCUCGGGAGACCACAGACACGGACACCGCAGACCAGGUCAUCGCCUCCUUCAAGAUACUGGCCGCGGAUAAGAACUUCAUCACUGCCGACGAGCUAAGGCGGGAGCUGCCGCCCGACCAGGCUGAGUACUGCAUCGCCAGGAUGGCGCCCUACUCGGGGCCCGACGCUGUCCCAGGCGCCCUCGACUACAUGUCCUUCUCCACCGCCCUGUACGGCGAGAGUGACCUGUAAAGGCCGAGUGGGGACGGAAUGCGGAAGGGGUAUCGGGAGAAAUCGAAGAGGGGAGUCAGGAAUUAAGUCGACUGUGAGGUGCCCCCACCCCAACUGUGUGCCGAUUUGAAAGUCUUUGAGUGUGUCGAGUGAAGUGUAGUUGAUGGAAAGCCUUUUAUUCGAUAUCCUUGGGCUCCAGCCGAAGGUCCAUUUACUAAUACACUCUUUGUCCUCUCUAGUAAGACUAUGCAGUGCGCUCGUAGAAUGAGUGUGUAUCUUGUUUUGUUUUGUUUUUUUUCUCACGGCAUUGCCACAUUUGGCCUUUGAGUACUCAAACCCUGAAAGUAAAUCUUGGAAAGCCAUGAAGCUGUCCUACACUUUUUUUAAUCUAUCUUAAGGUUCAUUUACUAGUACGCUCUUUAUAAGUGCACUAGUAGAAGGCCCUGGAACACUAAUAAGAAGACUGUGUCUUAUAAGUAUCGUCCCCCCCACAACUAUUGUCAAUUCUGCUACAUUAGACCUUACUACCGACAGUAAAUAAUGAUCAGUCAUUUAGUUGCUAUCCACCUUGAAGGUGUGCGAACUAGUAAAACAAUUCAAGGCACAAGUACAAUUUCUAGGGCACAAUUGUGGAAUAACUGCCUUUUUAUUGUUUUUUUUUUUCACUACUACUAGAGCCACAUUUGGCCUACUAGUAAACAAUUAAGCCUUAUUAGUAAGCGGUGUGUUUGUGUUUAUUCGAUAGACUUGAUCAUCAAGCUUGAAGCCCAUGGUCGAGUAAAGCAAUUCAGGGCACGAGGAUGACAGUCUUACUGGUAAUGUUUUGGUUUUUUUUCCCACUAGUAGGAAAGCAUUGGCAUGCCGGUAGUAUCGCCACGUUACUUAUACGGCACCGGUUGACAUCAUGUUGCUGUAUUAUGUCAAAGUUGCUGUACGAGUGUGUCGUUCAAAUUGCCUUGCUAGUCAGGACAAUAUGCAUACUAGUCGAUGACCCUUGAAAGCCAUUUGAGCAUUUAUUUAUGUCUCCUUGGG